GGCGUAAAAAAUAUAUUGCAGUUCGUUGUUAUUAGUAAAAAUUCCAAAAAAAAGACGAGAAAUUUAUUUAAAAGGUUUAAGACGACAUCCUCAGCCUAAUUGAGACUUUAGUGUCCUCGCAUAUAAAGUAUUACAAAUUGAUUGAUCCCAGCCUUGAUAGAAACUCGGGUUUAAUGCUUUAAACUAACAACUUGGUUUAAUCUUUUGGGUGAAAGAAAAACAAAAAUAAAAUCAAUAUGGAUCAAAUGUUGAGUCCCGGAUUUUCUAUACCCAGUAUUGGUACACCUUUGCAUCAAAUGGAAGCCGAUCAACAAAUUAUAGCGAAUCCUGUUUAUCAUCCAUCGGCGGCAAAUAAUAGUGGCUUGAAUACUGGGAAUGGUCACACACUUCACACAGGAAAUAAUGGCACGACGAGCAACAAUAUAUAUAGUCAUGACCUAAAUCAUAUAAUGGGGGCUGGAAAUACGCCAUCGACAAACACCGGCAAUGGUAGCGCUGCACAUAAACAAAUGCAGCCGUAUCAGUCCACUUAUCAAAAUUCUACAACAAACAGUAGUAGUGCUAGCGGUGGUGGUGGAGGUAGUAGUGGUAGUGGCGCGAGCACUAGCAACGUAGCUAAUGCCCCUCAAUUACUGAUGCAGCCACAAACACCGCAAAGCCUUAUGUCACCGAUGAUUCCAAUGAGCGAAUGUCCUGAAAAUUUAAGUUUAAGUAAAAUACACCAAACCAUGGGUCCUGCGACACCUAUGACACCAAUGACACCGGGUUCCGCAGAUCCUGGAAUAUUGCCCCAAUUACAAAAUAUUGUGUCUACUGUUAAUUUAUGCUGUAAAUUGGAUCUUAAAAAGAUAGCUUUGCAUGCUCGUAAUGCCGAAUAUAAUCCCAAACGUUUUGCGGCAGUAAUUAUGCGUAUCAGAGAGCCUCGAACGACUGCUUUGAUAUUCUCUUCGGGUAAAAUGGUUUGUACUGGAGCUAAAAGUGAAGAUGACUCCCGACUGGCUGCCCGCAAAUAUGCGCGUAUUAUACAAAAAUUGGGAUUUCCAGCUAAAUUCUUGGAUUUUAAAAUUCAAAAUAUGGUCGGAUCGUGCGAUGUUAAAUUCCCUAUACGGCUGGAAGGUUUGGUGCUCACCCAUUGCAAUUUCAGUUCUUACGAACCUGAACUUUUUCCGGGCCUUAUUUAUCGCAUGGUGCGACCUCGCAUUGUACUCUUGAUUUUCGUAUCUGGCAAAGUGGUACUGACGGGAGCUAAAGUGCGCACUGAAAUCUACGAAGCUUUUGAUAAAAUAUUUCCUAUUCUGAAAAAAUUUAAAAAGCAAUCUUAACAGAGUGAUUCGGUACUAAUUGUUUUUUCCCCGUUGAAAUUUGCUUUCUAAUC